CGAAGUUUUCAUGGAUCGUACGAUGGUUCUGUCCUAAAUCAACUACGAGAGUGUAAGAAUUGAAAGAGAUGAACCCACAAAUAAUGAUCGUUACCGUGAUGGCCGCUGCCUCGUUUGCUUUCUUCGGGUUUCUCGCUUAUCGGAUCAGAGCCCGAUCGAACGACAUAGAUUUGCUGAGCGUGCCCCCGUUGGAAGACAACAGCACCCUCGACGAGGAUCUCAAAGACAUUUUGGCGUUCGUCCCCAUGAAAGAGGUUCAGGAGAUCAUCAAACGAUACAUGCAGUACGACGCACAGAUAGGCGACACCGUGAGCUUCGUGAACGACCAACAGAGAUUCAUAAUGCGCGAGUUUCAAAAGAUGCCGGAGGCAGGCAAGCUGAUCGCGUUUCUGCGAAAGAACGGCCUGAACGUGGACUCCUGGCAGGAGAAGAUACACUGCUUCUGGAAGACGUCGCCGAGGUUCGUCAAAUACGAUCCGAGCGUGGCAGCCGGCGGCCUGACCGUGAUGAUCAAUAAAAUCUUGGAAACUGUGCCCCUGGACGAGCUGCACGAGCUGCUGCGACAGAAGGUGAAGUACUCGGCGAGUUUCCGCAGGUUCCUGCACGCGUUGAGGUCCAAGGACUUUUACGAGUUCUGCAACGCGCUCGAGACCAACGACGUGCUGCAUCAUCAUUACUUUUGGGCGAAGGAGGGCGGCCUGGAGAUCACGUUCGCGAUCGAACUGUUCAACGAACUGCACGUCUACCUAACGCAGACCUUGGUCGCUUGAGAAUUAUCGUCAAUGAUCGCUGCCGAGUAAAUAAACUGUAACUGAGAUGUCAAAGCAACGAGUUAAUUUUGAUUUAUAAAGUUUACUCUAGAUUUUGUAAAAUAGGAAUAGAAGAAUAAGAGUAGAAUUCGAUUUCUUUCCGAAAGAUAUUUAUAAAUGUUA